CGCACCCGUCACUAAUUUAGAACACACCGCGUAAAAGCGACGCCGAUUUCAAUUUCAACGAUUUGCGAAAAAUUUGCAAAAAAAAAAGAGGAAAACAAUGGCCGACGUGGACGACUUUGACUCGCUGUCCAAUGCAGAGCUGCGUGCCAAGAUGCUGGCCCAGGGGCUGCCCAACAUUCCGGUGACGGACAGCAGCCGCAAGGUGCUGGUGAAGCGGCUGCGCGCCUCCAUUGGCGGCCAGGCGUCGCCGGCAGCCAGCCCAAAGAAGAGCAGCCGGCGAGAGACCCUGGCUCCUGGUCCCAUUCCAGUUGCCUCUGCUCCGGCGGCUGCCUCCACUCCGGUGGACAAGCUGGACGGGAAUAAAGUGGCACCGGCCACCAAGGCUCGUCGCACCAUUGCCGCCACUGAGGCCAAGGAAGCUGAACGUCGUCGCCCCGAGGAGCCAGUGGUCGUCAGGAAGCCCACGGCUGUGGCUGCUCCACCCAUUCAGACACGUCGCACUUCCACCUCGUCGACUGGGUUCGAAAGAAAGGUGGUGGAGCCGGUGAAGAAACCACAACCUAUUGCCGAGGAACCGGCUUCAAACAAACGUGCUGAUCGUGAAGAAAAAUACCUAAAGGUCAACUCGCUGAUUGUACUGGAAUCGGACGAAGAGGAGGACGAGCAGCUGGCCCAGGCUGCCAAUCUGGUGGAGCAGCAGCACGCUGCCAGGGAGAAGGCCACUUCCAAGCUUACAAGCAGCGGCACCACAACCUAUGAGUACAAAAGCAAGGUUUCGUCUGUGGUGGAACCUCCUCGUCGGCCGGUCUAUGAACCCACACCGGCUCCGGUGGAACCUCCUCGUCGUCCGGUCUAUGAACCCACACCGGCUCCUGUGUUAGCCCCAUCUGGACCAUCUGCCAGGACGCAGACACAGACCAGUUCGGCCAGGUCCUACGACUACCUCAACAAUCCAACCGGACGCUAUAGCAGCUAUGUCCGCACCGCCGCCCAGGGUUAUGUUACUGCCGAAGCUCCGCCGGCUCCAUCUUACACAUCAUCCAACUAUCGGAGCACCUAUGCCAACGAGCUGAGCGACGAAAACGAGGGAGAGGAUGACCAGUACGAGAGCACCUUUGCCCAGAAUCUGGCGCGCUUGCGGGCCGAGAGGAUUGGAGAUCGCAGCAGUCCGUAUAGCAGGCGCACUUUGGCCAGUGGCUCUACGGCCAGCGGAAGUCUGGGCUACGAGCCGCGUGCCAGACGCUCCUUGCGUCCGGAUGACAACAGCAUUUCAGUGGCCUUUGGUCGCUGGUGGAACAGCCUGGAGCAGAAGUACCACAUCAAGUCAAAGCUGUUCAUACUGUUCGUUGUCGUCUUGUUAAUCGGCAUUUAUAGCAUAUUUUUCUGACCAGCGAAUUACUAUUCUUUUUUGAAUCUGUACCCUAGUUUGUAUUCCAUGUUGGAUUUGUUUUGUAAACGAGCCCGCCGCUGCGGACUUUGUAUAAAUCUUGUUUCGAUGUAAUUUGAGCUUGAGAUUGACUAGCAUUUAAGCUGUGUGUUAUCCGUGUUCCAAUAAAGCCCACUUGCAGGGAAUCGCCUCAGA